AUGUCUUCGAGUUCUGGAACACGUUGUAAUGUUCCUGGCUGUAAAAAAUCGUCUGGUGCGAACCCAGAAUUGACAUUUCACGGGGCCAAGGGCAGAGACACGGAACGAAAGUGGGAAGCAGCAAUCGCCGGCAGUCUUCCUGUCGUGGCAGAGGAACUGCAUGUUCGGCACGUUUGUUCCUCGCAUUUUGCCGACGAGGCGUACGUGGAAUCGGACUUAUUGCAAUUCCGUAUGGGACUGUCAGCCAAACGAAAGAGACUAAAGCCCGAUGCUGUGCCCACAUUGUUCGAUGAGCAAAUGGAAACCACCGACGUGCCGGAUGAGCAGGUGGAGAGAAGCGGCUUGAUGGAAUCUGCUUCAGGUGCGUAUGCAGGAGUAUCAGCCUCUACAAGUGGUGCAAGUGGGAGUUCAGUUCUGCAGCACAUGACAGCCACAUCAUCAGAGGAUGUUCUCGUCCUGGAUGAACUGCCCCUUCAGCCUUUGGUUCCAUACCAGACUGUCAGCCAAUAUGGCUUUUUGUACACUUUGGUGCCACAGAAACAACGCUUGAAGGGUGGAAAGACGGCAAAUAAGAAAACACAGACAGCUGUUCCCACUGCAACACUUGCCACUCAAACAGGCAUCCUCAUGCCAAGCAGGGGAACUCAGACAGCUGUAACCUUCCCACCCACUGGUGCACUCUCCUUUACAUCCUCACAAGUUGCAGCAGAGUGUCCAGAAACCAGUGGAGACAAAGGCGCAGCUGUUUCUUUAGCAGAGGCUUUGCUGCCACAUGAUGACGCAGCACAGCUUUGUGUUGUCCCACUGGAGCAUGCUAGCCUUUCGACGUCACCGCCUGGUGGCCGUACCUCUACUCCAGUGCCUGUGGACUUAGACACGACGGAUGUGUCCACAUGGUAUGGGCAGUAUUUUCUUUUUCAACAUGUAUUCAGCUUUGUUGUUAUUUCUGGGAACUUUGUUUGGAUUGGUGUACAUAAAAAUGACACUGUGGCAUUGUCUCAGCAGAGAUGA